AUGUCUUUCUUCGGCUUCGAUACAGCUCUUCCCAGGGACAAGCCUGGGUCGUCAGGUCGGGGCAUUUUCGAGCACACAAACCCCUUUAACGAAGUCGCAAAGGCCCGGAAGCUACAAGCCUUCCGAGAUAAUGACGAAGAUGUCCUCGACUUUGAAGAUACCUACGAUGGCCUGGGUGACAAACUUGAGGAAGCAGGCGACGACUUGAACGACGACACUUUCGGUGGUGGUGCCGAGGGCGGUGUCGCUGAGGGCAAUGUGGGCAAAGACUUUGACUUUUUUGGAAAUACCGCCCAAGUCUCAAAUGCCAUCAACGAAGAGCACAUGCGCUACAACUUGCAACACCCGUCCCAGCAUGCUGGUCCCGCCCAGCCCCAGCCGUCGAGGCCCAAAAAGACCGGCUACGAGAAGUAUCAGGAUCCGGGCUACAUUCCAGACAUUCAGGCAAAGUCCAGCGCAUGGGGUUCACGAGCUCCCCCUGCUGCUGCUCCAAGGUCCGACAACCGCAUCAGCACGGGUCGACCUGCCGUGCCGGCUUCGGUCCCUGCUCCUGUGCCCGCUUCCACCGCCGUGCCGGCUCCAGUGUCCCAGGCUCCGGCCAUGAUGACAUUGGAAGAAGUCGAAGCUCUUAUGCUUGCUCAAUCUCAGGCACAACAGCCACCAGCGCCGUUUCCUCAGGCGCAGUCAUCUCCGUUCCCAGCCCAACAUUUCCAGCAGCAACCCCCUCAGCAAUUCCAGCAGACGGGCCCACCCCUUAGUAUGACAGCCCAUCAGCAACCACAGCCACCCGGGCCUGCAGCUGGAGCUCACAAUCGCAUGCCUUCAGCUCCCCGUGGCCCUCACCAACCUCUGCAGAUUCUCCAGAAUCCAAAUAGAGCUCGGCAUUCUCCGCAGCCAAGUCUCGAACGAGCGCAACCAGUGCAACCACCCGUAACCCAAGGACCUGGAGCAUUACCUGUCAUCACGCACCCUCAGCAGCUUAUGGAAUUAUCCGAAGAGCAGCGUCGUGCCUAUCUCGAAGAAGAUGCUAGACGAGCUAAGAGAAACCACAAGAUCUUCCUGCUGUCCCGAGGCAACGGUUUGAUGACACCGCAAGACAAGAACUUUAUCACUCGGAUUCAACUUCAGCAAUUAGUUGCAGCAACUGGAAGCUCAACCGAUGCAAAUCCUGAGGCUGCCCUUAACGAGGACUUCUAUUACCAGGUCUAUAGCCAAAUCCGGGGUGCUCCACGACAGCAUCCGACGCAACCCCUCGGCCAUUUUGCUCAGACGUACCUGUUUCAAACUGGGACUCGCAUGGGUAACAGGAGACAGCAGAUCAAUGGGGACAACCACAUGCAAAGGAUGCAACAGCAAGUCCAACGAGCCGUAGAGGCGGCCAAGCUCAAGCCGAAGAACAAGCAGCUGAUUAUCGAGGGCAGUCUGGGGAAAAUCUCCUUCAGCAAUGCCAAGACUCCCAAACCUCUGCUCAAUAUCAAAAGAACAGAAAGCUUCGAUAACCGCCCUGGCAGCGCAAAGAAAGGCGAAGGCGUCAGCACAAGCGACCGCAAAACCGUCCUGAGAAACAUUGAAGCUGUCUAUACGACUCUUAUGCGCCUUGAGGAUCAUGAACGCCAGGCGCCACCACCAGCGACCGAGGGCGAUGGUGAUUCCAUUCAAGCGCAUCUUGAAUGGCGUCAGAAGCAGCGCGAACUCCUUGACAGUCUUUGGCAAGGUCUUAAGGUGCUCGAUCCUAUCGUCCCAGGCUCACUUGUUGCUCACCCGUUUAUCGCGUUCUUGUCAUUCGCUAAAGGGAAGAAGGCCAUUCCUCGUGUGUUCCAUCAAAUUGACCAGGACAAACCAAUUAUCAUUUUGACAAUGGUUGUGGUCCAUCUUGAUCAGCUGGACGUUGUGAAAGACGCUAUUUUGGCGCCUGGGGCAUCACAGCCUCCUCCGAUGGUCCGAGAGGAAAUCGAGCUCUUCUCUCAAACCGUAAUGCCGUGCUUGUUGUCUUGCGUCACAGAAGCACCAAUUAACAUUAUCACUGGGCUGCUUGGACUUCUCAUCGAUCGCACAAACAUUUCGGUUGUUGCGCAUACCAAGAUCGGUCUCGGCAUGAUGACGAUGUUGUUGACACGCGCUGAGCUGGUGAAAGAGGCUGGGUCAGUGACUGACGAGGACUGGCAACAGUGGACCAUGUUAUACAGUCGGCUCUUCGAUAUUUUGGAGCCUCUUCUUGCUACGCUGUUCCCCGGGCCAGUCAAUUCUGGAGACGACAUGUAUGUGUGGCAAUUCUUGGCAGCCAUUGGCAUAUGUGCUAGCCCUGAGCAACAACAGAGGCUGGUCAUUGGGGUGAAGGACAGAGUCAUGGAAACAGUCCUUCAGAGCAAGGCAUUACCUCCGGAGAUGGCGGGUGCCCGGCUCGGUAACGUCAACUUGUUUAUGAGGGCUAUCGGUCUUGAUGUGGAGAUGUUGGGUUGA